GGAAUAUCCGCCCCUGUGGGGAGCUGGGUUGGUGAGAGAGUGUGUCAGUCAGCGAUGUUGACCAAAAAGGUGGGAUGCCCCGAGUCGCAGCAGCAAUAGCAAGCAAGCAACUUACAAUGUGACCGAGUCGUUGUCAUAGUUGUUCCUGAACAUGGUGGCGGCCUGUUCGACUGUGCUGUUUGUCUGAUCCGAGGUGCAGUUCAAGUCUCGAUGAUCAACCCUGACGGUUCGAUUUGGUAUCAAGGUGGUAGAGAAAGUGGUUGUGGUCUAGUCGUCAAGUUGCAGUGUGGUAAGGCGGUGUUUGUGGUUGAUGGUCGAGCUCCUACCCAGCUACCUCAGCAACUCCCCCAGGCAGCUCCUAGCUUCGUCGUCGCCUGCCGCAGAGCUUCCAACUCUGACGCCACCGUCAUCGCACACGACCGCACCCAGUGA